GGAAGUGACGCAGUUGUCGCGAUAGUUUGAAUCAAUGGCCGCCCACAUUGUUUACAAGUCGUAAUGCGCUGGUAAAUGGACACAAAACAAGGACGUCGCAUAGUCGUGUGUGCUACUCGUACAUACACUGAGGCAAAACGUUGAUACCGUCGGGGAGAAGCGAGUGUACAGCCAAACGGCGAGCGGAACACAAGGACAAGGGAGCCGCAACACGGGCUAGUGGGUGCUGUGAUGUCCUCGACCCCCAGCAGACUCAAACACCCACACUGCAGGAAGAAGCACUAUCCCAGUAGCACUUACCUCACCCACGUCUGACAGCCCACCGACACAAGGCACUUUGACCCAAGGUAGAGGACUUGACAGAGGAAGAAGACACACGGAGAGAGAUGUCCGACUCUGCUGGAUGUGGUGAAAGCGGGGGCGUGGCGGGAGCAGGGCAGGACGCAGAAGCAGACAGUGAGCCCCCUCAGCAGGCCACAUCUCUGCCCGGAGGUGUUGACCCAGAGGUCAGGGAGACCUCGGAGGAAGGGGCCCCUCCAGCUGCCAAGCGGGUCAGGACGAGUGGGGAGGACCUGGCUACGGAACAGGUUGCGGAGCCUGUCAAGAUCCUUGGAGAAACACCAGCUCAGGCUGGCUUGCUGCUGGAAGACCCAGCCCCACCAGCACAAAGCACAGGAGAACCACCACAAUGUGAGGAAAAGGGUCCAGGAGGGGAAGAGGUGCCCAUCAGCCCAGGAGGUGAUGAAGAAUGCCGUGAGAAUGGGGAUGGAGUGCAUGAUGCCGCCUUAGAAGAAGAAGAAGAGGCAAAACCAGAGGAAGAGUGCAAUGCUAGUGGAUCUGCGGACAGCCCCAGUGGGGGACAGCAGACCUGUGGUCCUCUCUCUCCUGCCUCCAGCCUUGGCUUGGAAUUUACCCAGAACCCCCAAAUGCUGACUGGUUCCUGCACUGAGUACUCCAGCCUCCCAGAGAAUUACCUUAAAGGCUGCAAAUGGGCCCCUGAUGGUUCUUGUAUCCUGACCAACAGUGCAGACAAUGUGCUCCGUGUGUACAACCUCCCUCCAGAAAUUUACAGCUACAAUUGGGACUUGCUUCCAGAGAUGAGUCCAGUGCUGAGGAUGGCGGAGGGAGACACCGUCUACGACUACUGCUGGUACCCCAAGAUGAACUCUCUGGAUCCGGACACAUGCUUUCUGGCCAGCAGUAGCCGUGACAACCCAGUCCACAUAUGGGAUGCCUUUUAUGGGCAAGUGCGAGCCAGUUUCCGACCCUAUAAUCACCUGGAUGAGCUGACAGCAGCCCACUCCCUCUGCUUCUCGCCUGACGGGACGCAGCUCUACUGCGGCUUCGACAAAACAGUCAGAAUCUUCUACACCGAGCGUCCAGGCAGAGACUGUGAGGAGCGGCCCACAGUAGUGAAGAAGCAGGGCCAAAGUGGCAUCAUCUCCUGCUUUGGCUUCAGCCCUUGCCAGUCUGUUUACGCCUGUGGCUCUUACUCCCGCUGUGCUGGCCUCUACUCCUGCCAAGACGGCACCCUGCUGGCUCUGCUGCCGACCCGCCACCAUGGAGGCCUCACCCAUCUGCUCUUCUCCCCUGACGGCAACUACCUGUACACCGGCGGGCGCAAGGAUUCAGAAAUCCUGUGCUGGGAUUUACGAGAGCCGGGGAAGGUUGUGUUUUCACUCAAGAGGAACGUUGCAACUAACCAGCGCAUCUACUUUGACCUGGACCUUUCAGGCAAGUACUUGCUCAGCGGUGACACAGAGGGAGUGGUGUCAGUGUGGGACACCCAGACAGCUCCACCUGAUGGUAACGAGGAGCUACUGCAGCCCCAGCUGAGGUUCCAGGCCCACUGGGACUGCACCAAUGGCAUCAGUAUUCAUCCCUUCAUGCCAUUGUUGGCGUCCUCCAGUGGUCAGAGGCAGUUCCCGUGGCCCGGGGACAGUGAGGGUGAAUCAGCCUCUGACGGCGAGGGAGGCGAAGCCGCAGCUUCACCGCAGGAGAUGCGUCAAGACAACGCCCUGUCUCUGUGGUGGGCCGGACCCCUCGGCCCUGCCCCAGAGGGGGGCGAGGAGCCUAAUGCGGCGGCGGUGGAGGCUUGAAGCCCCCCCACCGCCAGAGUUCAGCCAGCGGACACAAAUUGAGUUACACCUGCCAUGUGACGUUUAUUUGGGGAUAAAACGUAUUAUGGACCCCCCCAUCAGCAACACGAAGUUGUGAGGUGGAAAAGCAUCACUGGGUCAUUUUUAAGCAUUUUACUGUCAAAGGCAUUGACACCUUGUACACGCAAAUAGUUUUUUUGAAAUUGAAUCUUAACAUAUCACCUGCAAGGUUACAAGAAAUACAGUAAAAGAAUGACAGGAUAAUGAAACAUAGCACAGAACCGGUUUUCGGGCUCUGUUUGAAGAUAUUUUUUAGUUUUUGGCCAGUUUGGUAAAUAAGAAUUGGAGAUAUAUGCUACGACCGGUCAAUGCUUGAAGCAAGGUAUUUUUUUCUUUCAAACCUUAAUCAGGUUUAGACACGAAGUGGGUGGCUUAUGUAGUCUAUUGGGGCUUGAUAUAUCAUUGUUGAAUUUUUUUUGGAGGAAAAGUAUUGAAUUUUUCAUGAAACUCUUGUUUGCCUGUUUUUGUUGUUCUCAUUGGAUUUUUUGGGGGGUUGGGACAGAAUUAAGUGGGGUUGAACUGAAAUUCGUGAUGGUGGUGCGGCAGGGCAUAGUGUCUACCUACUGACCUCUUGUAUUUGUGGCAGUGUUCGUUUAUGUGUCUGAGUGUGUGGGGCUGUAACUCUGCCCCCGGAGAUUGUCAACUGCUAUCAUCACAGUAAGUGCCAUUUUGUUCUCCAGCUUUGAUUUGUAAACCGAUGCCAAUCUCCAGUUUUUACCUUCUUUUUUUAAACUCGUGGACGCACCAAGUCGUCCCUGCGUGCCCACAAAAUUUAUAUUUUUGUAAAGCCACUAUGUCGAUUCUAAUCUUUGGAAUGUUUAACUCUGUAAGCAGCUAGCUCGAUCACCGUGACCUCAUAACUAUCUGUGAAAGUCUGUCGUUAACGGGUGCACGUGGAAAAUGAGCAUAGUCAGUUGUCUUUUUUUCUACAGAAUGUGCUCAGAUUGUAUUUGUACCUGUGUGAGUGGUAAUGUGGCAGCACAAAACACGUUGCAUUUGAAUAAUCGCAUUAAUAAUGUACUGCAAUGAUGUGCUUUAUGCUUGUGUUUGUGUUGCCAUUGUUGUGGUGUGUGUGCUUCGGUGUGUUUCUUUGCAGGUUGGUCAGAGGCUCAGCACGCUCCAACCAAAAAAGCCUUAUCUUUUUAGACGCUGAUGAAUCUUAUUUAUUUUUGAUGCCUCUGCUGAUUCUGAUUCUGAUUCAAAUUGUUUGCAAAGCAAUAGUAGUUGCGAUCUGGUUGCUAUUAUUAGACAAGACAAAUUUAUGCUCAACCAGGAAGUGUUAGGCCUUGAUGUCGCAUACGUCUCUGGGUGCAUAGCUGUGUCUGCGACUGGUGGUUUUAUUCAAGCAGGAGUGAAUUAAAAGCAUAUCUCAUCCCAGACAAA